AUGGAUUUCGUCAGUGACACUUGUCCUUACAAGGAGGGAGAAAUCCUCAAUUUACAUCUGCUCAGAUCGCACGAUCCACAGCAACCGGGUCAGAUCGAAGCAACAAUCCUUGAUCUCUUCCAACCGUUCACUCUUUCCUGCACCAUGAAAGUCAGCAUCGACAAGCACCCUAAGCUUGCAUCCGAAGGCAACAUGGUGCUGAAGCUUUUUGACCGCCGUUUUGUCACAGAGUUCAGGCGGGUUUGGAAUGUCGACGUCUGGACCCCAGAGGCUGAGAAUAAGUUCCAUCAGUUUGUGAACGAUUCUCGUUCUUCCAAGUUCCUCGCCGACAUUCAGCGUGACAAGGUCAACAUGUCUUCUUUUGACAUGAAGAUGAGCGCCGAAGUCAAAGCAUACGACACUUUGAGCGACGUGCAGGGAGCCGUCGUCCCGCGGCUGAUUGGACUUGCCACCGCAUCCAGCUCUUCCUCAGUAUCCCCAGGCCCGCUCAAUCAGCCCACUGUCAUCCCUGGGAUCCUCCUCCAGUAUAUCAGGGGGUUCCAGCUGAAGGACCUUGGCAGGCACGCCCCAAAGGAGCUCUGGAAUAGCAUCUGUCAGGAUGCCAUGCAACUUCUCCGGGCUACGGGCGAGCGCGGAAUCCUGAACCUGGAUUUUCAGGUCAGAAAUGUCAUCGUGAAGAAGCUCAGAGCAAAUCACUACAAGCCCUUCAUGAUUGACCUUGCCAUCUGCAGGUUCCGCGCAGAGGCCAAGGAUGAGGAAGAGUGGAGACAGUGGCGCGUAGAUGAGGAUGAAGAAGGGUGGCUCGGACGUGGGAUGGAGGAUCACUUGGACGAGGACUAUGUCUAUCGUCGAUCUUCCUACAGCAAGCAGCUGAGAGGCGAGUGA